AUAUAUAUAUAUACCAAUUCACAUAGGAAAAUAAAAUAACUAUACUUAUACCAAUCUUUUAGCUUUUCUUUAUCAAUCGUAUCUAAUAAACCAAAUAAUUCGAUUCCGGCAUCCGUUUACCGAUGCCGGAGAAGCCUAUAUUCGGAAAAUAUGAGCUAGGAAAGCUACUCGGCUGUGGCGCAUUUGCCAAAGUGUACCACGCUAGAGAAAUCAGCAAUGGAAGAAGCGUCGCGAUCAAAGUAAUUAACAAGAGCAAUAUUUCGAAUAAAGAUGGUCUUCCUAACAAUAGAAUCGAGCGCGAGGUUUGCAUUAUGCGCCAGCUGCAGCAUCCAUACAUUGUUAGACUCUAUGAGGUGCUCGCUACGAAGACGAAGAUCUAUUUCGUUAUGGAAUACGUCAAAGGAGGAGAAUUAUUCAACCAAAUCUCCAGUAAAGGCCGAUUCACCGAGGAUCUCAGCCGGAAAUGCUUUCAGCAACUGAUUUCCGCAGUUAAUUACUGUCAUUCACGAGGAAUUUACCACCGCGAUUUGAAACCUGAGAACGUUCUGAUUGACGAAAAUGGAGAUCUGAAAGUUUCCGAUUUCGGACUCAGUGCUACAACUGACCAAAUUCAAUCAUUCGAUGGGCUUCUACAUACUGUUUGUGGAUCUCCGGCGUAUGUAGCACCGGAGGUUUUGACGAUUAAAGGAUACGACGGAGCUAAAACCGAUAUCUGGUCAUGUGGAAUUAUGCUAUUCGUGAUGAUCGCCGGUUACUUCCCGUUCUACGAUCAGAAUCUGAUGUUAAUGUACAAAAAAAUCUACAAAGGCGAAUUCCGGUGCCCGAAAUGGAUCUCUCCGGAUGUUAAGCGGAUACUAUCUCGUCUUCUGGAUGUAAAUCCGGCGACGAGAAUAACGAGUGAAGAAAUCAUCAGAGAUCCAUGGUUCAGAAAGGGAUUGAAAUUCAUCAAAUUCUCAGAAGAGGAAGAAAAUACUAAGAUAAAUUCAUUAACAAAUUGUUUGAAUGCGUUUGAUAUAAUUUCCUUCUCCCAGGGAUUAGACAUUUCUGGAUUGUUCAAAUCGAACAAUCCGGUGGAUGAUUUGGAAAGGAUAGUGGUGGAAGAGUCGCCGGAGAGUGUAAUUGAGAGAAUUGAAGAGGUAGGGAAGAAGGAGAAUUUCAGGAUGAAGAAGAAAAAAGAAUGGGGAAUCGAAAUGAAAGUACAAAAUGGUAAAUUAACCAUGAGCCUAAGCUUGGAUGUAUAUCGAUUGACCGAACGGUUAGUAGUUGUGGAAAUUCAAAAUAGUGAUGGUGACGAUGGGUUGUAUAAAGAUGUAUGGAGGAAUAAAUUGAAGCCCGUAAUUUUGAGCCAACGGGGAGCAGAGCUUCACAUUUCCGACAGCUAAAUUUCAAGCAUUGGGUGAUUUUUAAUUUU